UAGUGUGCACUGCAUCGGACCGGCUUAAUGAGGCUUUGCUCCGGUGCUUACCGUGACCUUUGGCUGUUGCGUAUUGAUCUAAUUUCCGGAAAAAAGAAAUAUUAAUGUGAAUUGACCGUGUACAGUAUUCUUUUGGGAGAUCAACCCCACUUCAUUUUGUAUCAACAAAACUCUCGGGAAUACAAAAAAAACCCAAAACCCUCGAUCAAACGAAGAAGAUAACAGUAGCAGAGUACCCGAAGAAACAAUGAAGAGUAUCCCUCUGAUUCUGAUGGGUUGCGGAGGUGUUGGACGUCAACUCCUCCAGCACAUUGUCUCCUGCAGAUCACUUCACGCCAAACAGGGAGUGCGCUUGCGGCUUGUGGGAGUUUGUGAUAGUAAAUCAUUAGUUGUUGCCUCAGAUGUGUUCACGAUGGAUUUAGAUGAUGCCUUUCUUGCAGAAGUUUGCCGGGUUAAGUUGAAUGGCUCUUCUUUGCUGACCCUUAGUAAUUUUGGUCAAUGUGAAGUAUUUUCGAACACUGAAUCUAUGGAAAAAGUCACUGAAAUUGCAGCUCGUUUGGGUAAAUCAACAGCAGGUUUAGCACUUGUUGAUUGUUCUGCCAGUUCUGAGACUACUGGAGUAAUAAGAAAGGUGAUAGAUUUGGGUUGCUGUGUCGUGCUAGCCAAUAAGAAACCUCUUACUUCGUCAAUGGAAGAUUAUGACAAAUUGGUCUCACACCCACGCCGCAUUCGACAUGAAUCAACUGUUGGUGCCGGUCUUCCUGUCAUAGCAUCCUUAAAUCGCAUGCUUUCUUCUGGAGACCCAAUCCAUCGUCUUAUUGGGAGCUUGAGUGGUACACUGGGUUAUGUAAUGAGCGAGGUUGAAGAUGGAAAGCCUUUCAGCCAAGUUGUUAAAGCUGCUAAAGCCCUUGGUUACACUGAACCAGAUCCACGUGACGAUCUCAGCGGGAUGGAUGUGGCAAGAAAGGCAUUGAUCCUUUCUCGACUUCUUGGGCGGCGCAUUAACUUGGACCGCAUUAAUAUUGAAAGCUUGUAUCCUAAAGAAAUGGCACCUAAUGUCAUACCUGUGGAAGACUUUUUGUUAAAUGGCCUUCCAUUGCUUGAUAAAGGCAUCCAAGAGAGGGUUCAGAAGGCUUCUUCAAAUGGGAAUGUGCUCCGUUAUGUUUGUGUGAUUGAGGAGUCAAGGUGUGAAGUUGGAAUUCAAGAGCUUCCAAAAAAUUCUGCUUUGGGAAGAUUGAGGGGAAGUGACAACGUGUUGGAGAUAUAUAGUCGGUGUUAUAGUGAACAACCAUUGGUUAUUCAAGGUGCUGGAGCAGGCAAUGAUACAACAGCAGCUGGUGUUCUCGCUGAUAUAAUUGAUAUUCAAGAUCUAUUUUCCUGAGAAGACUUUUUGUGCCUUGCUCUGUAGAGACUCGGAGCCCAAGUGGAAAGGUCUGUUGUUUAUCAAGGCAACAAAGAGAUACCAUAGUUUAAAAACUGUUGGGUUACUGUACUUAGAGACAGAUGAGAUAGUUUUCGGAAGUUUUUCUUACAUGUAAAAUUUUGAAAAAAUCUAGUAAUUUAUUUUAAUAUUUAUGAGGGUACAUCGAGGUUAAUCUAUCGAUUUGGCGAAUCCAUCUGAAUAAAGCUGGAGGAUAUUAAUCUCA